CAGCCGCAGCGGAGCUGGAGGACACAGUCGUGCGCUGGAGUGUAGAGGACGAAGAGAGAGCAAGCCAUUCCUGAAGCCAUGGACGUCAAGCUGCUGGCGCUGAUGACGCUGCUGGCCGUGAUCAUGCAGGUUCCCACUGCAAACGCCAAGCCCAUCAGUCUGGUGGAGCGGUGCUGGUGUCGCACCACACUCAACACCGUUUCUCAGCGCUCCAUCAAGGAGCUCAAGUUUCUCCACACCCCCAACUGCCCCUUCCAAGUCAUUGCUAAACUGAAGAACAACCGGGAGGUUUGCAUCAACCCCGAGACCAAGUGGUUGCAAGGAUACCUGAAGAACGCCAUCAACAAGGUGAAAAAGUCCAAGAGACGCAACACCAAGAAAGUCUAAACUCCUGAGAAAGGGGCAUGGAGCGCGCUGCCUCCGAAUCUGAACUCCCCUCCCCCAGGUCAAACCUCUGUACCUCCCUGACACUGCUUUGGAUGUAUGCAAACACAACACGCUGUACGCUACCUACCUGUCCACCUCUGUGGACCGCUUGCAGAAGCAGCGCUUCACCUCCAAACCUGCACUGACCGCACCGCCGCCAUUCCCCCUCCCCCCCCAAACCCCAACCCAACCGGGCGAGGAGUCGUCUUCUGAAAUCCAUCCGAGCUCCAGAUGCAGUGAUGAAACUUUGAAACAGCAGGGUGCAAACAGAAAGUGUCUCUGAGCGUGGAUCAAUUGAACUAAACGUGAAUAGUCAGGGUUGUUUCGUUUUUUGUUUUGUUUUUUCUUACACGCCUGUAAAGAGAAACCUCAGGCUCUCCAGCUCACACAAAAGCUUUGUGACUUCACAACAUCGUAACCUCUUGAACACUAACAAUGUCUCCAAGAGGACGCUCACGCACUGACGCAUCAGUUGCGCUUUGGUGAAAUGAAGAAGUGCUUAAUUUGCGGACACCAAAGGGAACUCAUGCGAGGCAAAACAUGUCUCCUCUUCUACUAAAACACACCACGCUUCAACCUCAACAAAGAUUCCCAGGUCUCCAUCUCCUCCCACUUCUCCUGUCUCCGAAAUCCCCUGCAUGUUCUCCAUCACCACGUCCUAUGAAUUUCCUCUCUGGCCUCCAUCUUCUCCUCCUUCGACACAGAAUGUGGGAUUUCCAGACAUGACAGCUGAACUCCGCGGCUGAUGAUCAGCGGCGAGCCUGGCGUCCAUGUUUGACGGAGAGCUCAACAGCCGGCCUCGCUUCAUUUAGAGGAAUCCUCCACUGUGUCGACACCAGCACCGGCCUCAUGGUGCUGUAUGUUCACAAUUUAUACGACUGGUUCAUCGUUGUGUAUUGUCGUUUUUUAUUCUUUUAUGUAAGAGGGAACAUCUACUAACAAAUGGGAGAUAGGAUAAAGUCUUACGCAUUUACUGAUAACGGGACGUUUGCCAGACGAAGUUGAAGCCAUGCAAGGGAAAGAACGGAUUUUUGUUGAAACAAUUUAGCAAUAGAAAACACAUUUUCGAGUGCGUGGUGCUCUACGAUCACAAGUUUAGAGUUUUAUACCAACACCAUUCCUUUCUUAGGAAUCAAAAGCUAAUAAAUGGUCAAAAUUAGUUGGGUCAUGAAUGUCACAGAGGGAACGUUAAGGUUGGCAAAAGGGAAGUUUUGGUUUAUCCACUUUUUUAUAUAUAUAUAUAUAUUUGAGCCACUUUAUUAUCAGAUGUGUCCUUUAGCGUAUUUUUAUUCUUUUUAUAUGUGGAAUCUUACUAAUUGUUUUUUAUCAUAAGUAGGUGAAAGCUACUAAAUGAAGGUGGAUUUUUCAGUAUUAAUCUUCUUUACCACAAAUAAAGAGAAUGUAAUCCUGUAUGCAAAGAAACACAACACCAUCACUGUUUGACUGCUCAUGUUAAAUGUAUUUUUUUUAUUUUUAUCUCUCUUAAUGUUUCUUUACCAGUCAAAAUGAGAUGCUAACGUGUCAGAGCUGCUAAAGCUGACAUAUUUUUUCUUAAAGAAGGCUUUUGAAAUUGCUUUGGAGCGCAAAGCUUCCUGAGCUCGAGUCAAACCAACUGAACAAUUUUAUUUCAUUUUUUUUCUUUUAUUGUUUUACUUUAGUCGAUGUGUGACGCGUCACCAGCCGAUGGGCCGCGACAGAACCAAAAUGUCAGCUUAGAUCAGAGCGACCAGCGUGUGCUUUCAAUCUGCCAGCAGCUGAAAAGCCUUUCCUCACUUUUACUCAAACCUGCUCAUUCAGAACCAGGUGGUUGUGAUCAUUUUUAUGUUCUCGUGUUUCAUUUUGUGCUGGUUUGUUUUGUUCUGUUGCUGUCUGUGAUUUUCUUAGCAGUUCGGAGAAAACGGUGCAAUAAUCCUGUAAUUAAUCUCUCGUAAAUGGACUAGAGCUGUUAAUCCUGUGUGAUUAAACUAAAUUAUAUGAACGUAUUUCUCAGAAAACAAAGUGUUUCAGUAAGGUAUUCAAAGAUAAAUGGGGGGUUUUUUGGGGGGUUUUUUUUGUAGUUCAUUACCAAACUGCUCCAACCAUUGAAAUUAGUAAAUUGGUAAAUAGCAACAUUUUGUAACUUCUGAUGUUUUCUCAUGUUCAGUCUGUGGACUUGGAGAAUGUACUGGGUCACCAGCACUGAAACUAUGAAUCUAGGGAAAUCAAACACGGUGAUAAUGAGUUUCAGCAAAAUG